GUCUCUGGCCAGAUCCACAGAAUUACUGGACCUCACGAUCGCAGACAGCGCGGUGCAUGGGAACACUUCACCGCAAAUCUGCCCUAUUUGACUCGCGACACAGCCCCUAAAACCUACGAAAAUAUCACAGCAGUCUCGAUCUAUCUUCCUGCGAAUUAGUGACCAUGGGAAGCAAUCUGGGAUCCAUCUCCAAGGACGUCAACUUGGCCAACCCCCCCUCGGACAGCGUCUCUGAACUGAGCUGGUCGCCCGUCGCGAACUACCUGGCAGUGUCCUCCUGGGACCAGACGGUGCGCAUCUACGAUGCCUCGCAGUCGGUGACGGGAGAAGGGAAAGCACUGUUCAACUUCCCUGCACCGGUGCUGAGCUGCGCCUUCUCGCAUGAUGGUGCCAAGGUGUUAGGAGGGGCCGCCGACGGAUCCGCCCGACUGAUGGACCUUGGGGCAGGGCGAGAGGCGCAGCAAGUCGCAGCCCACGAUGCACCCGUCCGCUGUGUCCGCUUCUUCGGCAAUCCAGGCAUGCGCGAUCCCAUCGCCGUGACCGGGUCGUGGGAUCAAACGGUCAAGUACUGGGAUCUUCGCCAGGAUCGCCCCCUGGCGACCCUUCAGUGUCAGGAGCGCGUGUACGCGAUGGAUCUCUGUCAGAACCUGCUGGUCGUGGCCACUGCUGAACGCCACGUGCAUAUCGUGCAGCUCAGCAAUCCUGGUCAGAUCUACAAGACCGUUACCAGCCCCCUGAAACACCAAACUCGCACCGUCACCUGCAUUCCGGACGCAUCUGGAUUCGCCAUCGGUAGCACGGAGGGUCGCACUGGUUUCCAUUACGUGGAUGAGAGCAAUUCGAGUCAAAACUUCACUUUCCGCUGUCAUCGCGAUAUGAGCGGCGGGAAAAACACCCAGGAUGUGUUUGCGGUGAAUGACGUCUCCUUCCAUCCCAAAUACUAUACCUUCAGUACCGCCGGCGCGGACGGCACCUUUGCCUUUUGGGACAAAGACGCUCACCACCGUCUGAAGGCGUUCCCCAGCGUGGGCGCCAGCAUCACCUCGACGGGCUUCAAUCACGAUGGCAGCAUCUUCGCCUACGCUGUGAGCUACGACUGGAGCAAGGGCUUCCGCUUCAACACGCCCGACCAUCCCACUCGCGUGGUUUUCCACCCGGUGGAUGACGCCGAGUGCAAGCCCAAGAAUCCCGUGAAACGAUAAAUUCAAUGCCAAGAGGCCAUUUCAUUGCCAAGACCCAGUCUCAUUGCUUAGUCUUACAUCUGCAACACCUUGGCGACGACCUCGUCCGGACUUUCCUUUGCCACGCCCACCAAGGGUGCAUCCGAUGCCUCCCAAGAUGGCGCCAUGACGCACCGGGCCUGCCCUUCAUCGAACAGCUGCGCGACCG